AUGGAAGAAGCGGUGCCGGCCAAAGAAGAGCCCGAGAAAACCGAGAAGAGAAGAAAAGUAAAGAGACCUCAACAAUCUGCGGAUUUCUUCAAAUGUUUCUACGAGGCUGACUAUUUGCUUUUUAAGGGGUUCUGUUUCUUUAUUUAUGGUGCCUAUGGCGGAUUCAUCCCCUAUUUACCUUUGUAUUUUAAGCAGCUAUUUUUAGGAGCAAACUAUGCCGGAAUAAUCGUGGGUAUUCGGCCAUUAAUCCAAUGCAUUGGAGCACCAUUUUGGGGAAUUAUAGCUGAUCGUUACCAUGCAGGGAGGAUAAUAUUUUUGGGGAGCGUUAUGGCUUGGAUUGUCAAAGCUGGCGUUCUGCUUACUGUUCGUCCGCAUUACCAACACUGUGUGGAAGUCUACAAGAACAAUACAGCGAACUUAACCUACGUGUAUGCAUACGAUCUCUGGAACGCUGAGGAAGAAAAUCGAGAGCAUUGGUUGGUUGUGCCCCUGGACCAUCCGAUCGUGAUCAAACAUAAUAAAAUAGUUACAGUAGAUCAAUCCAAAGGAACAGACAACCUGAAGCCUGGUUCUCAACCAGGGAAUACUUUAAAGAAAAGUGGGCCUGUUAAACAACAAAAAAUUACCGAGAACAAAGAAAAAGCAAAAGCAAAUGACAGCAAAGCCGUACAAGAAACGAAAAAGCGCAAAGUUUUUAUGGACGACGAGUCGGAAAGCAGGGGACUCGCCCCUCUCAUAGACCUAGUUGAAGACGAAACCACUGCGCCUGGUAAUUUUGAAAAGAUGAGUAAAACGCUAAAUCUAAAGCUAUUCCGUAAAGCCGAAGUUUACAGCAAGGAGUUACAAGCGCCAAUUCAAUUCAUAACGCUAAUUGAUGUGUCGGAAACUGAGUUCAUGUUCAUCUUGUUUCUACUCAUCGUCAUAAUAGGGGAAUUUUUCGAGUCCCCCACCUAUGCACUCUCAGAUGCGUCACUCCUCAAACGACUUGGUGACGACAGAGCAUACUAUGGUCGAAUUCGGAUGUGGGGUUCCCUCGGCUGGGCACUGGCAUCAGCAAUGGUUGGGCUUAUAGUUAUGUCCUCUACAUUUAAACUUUGCGAAGUAAAACAAACUAACUAUGUCAUUGCAUUCUACAUUUUCAUUGCUUUUGUGGCCGCGGCUUUUGUCCAUGGCUUGUGGUUUCGCUUCAAAUACGACGAGGAGAAGAAUUUCGAAGACAUUGGAAAAGUCGCACCCUUGCUUCUAAACUUGCGUCACACCUCUUUUCUGUUCGCAACUCUAUAUACAGGCUUCUGUUACGGUAUACUGGUCCACUUUGUGAACUGGUACAUUGAUGACCUGGGUGGAUCCAGUAGCAUAAUGGGCGCUGCAGGAGCCGCCAGGGAAAUUGCCGCUUUAAUUAUGUUUGCUUUCAGCACUACAGCCUUAGAAGUAAGAUCUAAU